UCCAAAAUGAGCGCUCGAUUUGAGAUCUAAACAAUAACAUGUAAAUCAUGGCGUUUGGUGGCCAAUUUUAGUAAAUGGCAUAUUUAGUAAAUGAACGGGGAAAGAAAGAGAGAGAAAGCGAGAGAGAUCUUGUUUGGUUAAUUUAUUCAACAUACCAUGUGAUUCCCUCUUGAAAUCUGCCACUAAAGUCCACAGUUUGGGAGAGUAAAUGCUUCACAACAGAAAGAGGUACUGUCCUUGUUUAACCAACCACUGCAGCUUUGAAUUCUACUUAGAGCUGUUCAAAGCAACCCAACUAAACUAUUGCCUGCCAUCCAUCUAAAUCUAUCUCUUUCCCCUCACUCUUCCAUCCAUUAAAGCGAACAGAAAGCAAGUUACAGUCUUUUAAAAGUGAAGGACAUGUGCAGCAAAAGUUAGCUAGUGGAGGCUUUACUAGUUUAUCUUCAUCUCAUUAUCAAGAGCUCUGGAGUGUGUGUGAGCUUCUUUGUAAGCUAAAAGCAUGGGAAGAUCUGCCACUUCUCUCUUCUUCUUCCUUCUCCUACUUGUCUCCUGUGCUGUAUUGGCUGCUUCCGAGUACAUCCUAAAUGGAGAACUUGAGUUGAGUUUGGUUGUGAAAAAGCAGAAGCACAAGCAUUCUGGGUUCAGUGCAGCAGAGUGCCCAGGUGCAUGCCAGUACAGGUGUUCCAAAACAUCAUACAAGAAGCCCUGCCUAUUCUUCUGCCAGAAGUGCUGCUUCAAGUGCAGAUGUGUUCCUCCUGGGACUUAUGCUCACAAGGAGGUCUGUCCCUGCUACAAUAACUGGAAGACUAAGAGUGGGAGUCCAAAAUGCCCUUGAUUAACCUCAAACUUUAAUUCUAAAUGUUCUGUGCUCUAUUAAGAAUGAUUCAGCUCAUAUGAACUGUAUUAACAAAACUUGGGUCUAUUUUACUCAGUUUUUUUGAGUUGUCGUUGAAGCAUUUGUUAGCUGUUGUAGAAAACAGCUGCUACUUUGAAAAGAUUUGUUUGGUUUCCUUGUUUUCAUGCUUUACCGUUUUUUUAUUUAUGUACAUAUCACAAAGUUUUUAU